AUGACUUUUCGUAUCACAGGCUGUGGCGCUCAGGGCUUCACCUCUUGGCCGGUUCGCUACGUUGGUCGGAGGCCUGGAACAUGCAAGAUAGGAGCAACCCGGCACUUGAGAUGGUUCCGAGUCGUCAGCAUGGAUGCUGUUCGGCGAUCAAGGGUGAAGGAAGGAAUGUUCAGGAGGUCUUGGGUGCAUGUAGGCGACGUGGGGGGGGGGGAGGAGUGGGUCCAGGUCGUUCGGUCACCGAAAGUGCAAUUCGAAAGUGCAAUUUUCUACCAGACUGCCGCUGAGCACCUUCUUAUCGCUAUAAGCGGUGCUAGAUAG